AUGUCAGGGGCACAGGGAGCACUGCCGCCGGAGUGCAAGACGGCAACGACGUACGAGUCAGUGGCAGGAGGAGAGAACAGGACCAAGACGGACAUCAGGUCAAAGGUAGACCAGGGUCCCAUCCAGAUUGACAAACAACAGGACAAAGUCAAGGAUGCUGCUUCAGGCCAAGGUGGCCCUGUUUUUGGUGCUGGUAAAGAUGAUAACAAGCAAGACUUGGGCGUCACCGGCACUGGCACUGGCUAAUCAUCUUCUUUACAAUUUACAUCAUCAAACUCUAGUCUAUGAGAAAAUUAAUGAAAAUCAACUACUUGUAUAUUAGACGAGAGGAUUUGAAUAUCAACUUCUCAUGCGUGUGUACAGCUAGCUAGAUUUAAUUUGAAUAACAUUUUCUCGUCUAA